AUGUCGGACUCCUGCCGCUGUCGCUGCGCCGAGGACGGGUACGGGCACGACUGUCUGCCGGCGUACCUGCCGCACGUGGACGGGUGCGACCGCAUGCCCGCCAAGCCGUUGCUGAGCUACACGGUGACGCUGGCAGGGACGCGCAGCGUGACGCCGACGCCGACACCGCCACCGCCGACGCCGACGCCGAGCCUGAGUGUGACGCGCUACAGUCCGACGCACGACGGGCGGACCGAGACGCGGCAGGUGACCGCGACGAAGACGGCGUCGGUGUCGCUGAGCGUGAGCCUGUCGGUGAGCGACACGUGGUGGUGGAGCGACGCGGCGUGCCCGACGCUCACCGUGACGACGACAGCGGCGGGCGGGGGCCUGACGCAGAACGACAUCCGCAGCGGGGGGGGCAACGCCCCGAUACGGCUGAUGGUGGCGCUCCCGCCGCCGUUCCGCUGGGCGAGCGACCCGCAACUCGGCACGCGGCUGAGCUUCGUGCAGGGCUCGGCCGCGCAGCCGAACGGGCUCAGUGGCCCGUGGGGGGCGCUGCUGCGCAGCGCGACGUGGCUUCGCAACGCGACGCAUCCGUUUGCCGUCCUGGAGCUGGCCGUGCCGGUGUACGGCGGCUACUUCAUCGGGGCCGAUGAGACGAUCAUCGUGCGCUGCGACGCGGAGGCGGUGUUAGGUGGCUGCAGGGGCGUGCUGCUUGGCUCCUUCACCGUCACGUCCAACACGCCGCCCGGUCUUGCCGGCGCCCUCUCGGUGAUCACCGGCGUCGUUGCCGGUGCGACGGCAGUUGCCGUGGGGGUGACCGGCGGGCUGGGCUCCAUCCUGGAGAUGCAGGCACUCGGCGUGUUUGCGAGGAUGUCGUGUGCCUCGGCGCAGGAGCGCGCGAGCUCCGUUGCGCUGCCGUACUUCCUGUCUGUCUUCGCCGGCCUUGACCCGCUGUGGAUGGUGGCGGGCAACGCGCUGGUGGCCGCGGCGUUCGGGGGCAUGCACUACGGCCUGACGGUCGCAUUCCAGCGGUGGCGCGGUGUGGACGCGACGAGUGCGUGGGCGGCGAUGCGCUUCCCGAGCCUGACGUACCUCGUGGUGCACGCAAUGCACCUCGGCAUCUUCUUCGGCUCGGUGUUCAUGCUGGCGAUGCCCGGCGCUCGCGUGCAGCACUACGCGAUCGGGGUCGCUGGCGUGUUGUACGGUGUGGCGUUUCCGGCCGGCGCGUGCGUUUUUAUUGCCCACCACACUGGCGCGAGCUUCACCAAGUACUGGCAGUUUUCGAAGAAGCCGCUGCAGGAGCGCCUGCCGUACCCCGUCGGCUACUGGUACCCCGCGGCGCAGCGGCAGAUGUACGGCAGCAUGCUCACGAACAUGAAGGGUAGCUACGUGUACUGGUGCGUGUUCCAGCUCUCGGUGCUGUGCCUGGUGGGCCUGAUUGCGGCGAUGCACCCGCCUGUGGGCAGCUGCCACAUCCUUUACUUCUGCAUGGCGGCGGUGCUGCUUGCGGGCGCGGGCGUGGUGGCCUUCGCGAACAUGAUGCGCUCGGCCCUUCUGACGAUUAUGCACACUGCGAGCUUCGUGCUCCUGGCGGUGCUGUGCCUGAUCAACGCGGCAAACUACCUCGUGCCGAACGACGACGGGGCGAGGGCGUACGCGGCGAUCGUGCUGCUGCUGAUUUUUGUGCUGCUUGCGAUCACGGUGUACAGCGCGGUUGUGUGGUACGUGGAGGAGCACCACUGGCGGCACCUGCGCGAGCCGCAGCGUGGGGCGCUGGAAGCGAUGCUCAACGAUGACGAGGGGAGCGACAGCGACGCGCAAAGGCCCUACGACAAGGCGUCAUCGUCGUACCGUGUGCCCGCACAGCUGCGGCAGGAACGCGUCGCUGGCAACUACGAGAACGCCCCGCCUGUCGUUGGGCGUCCGUCGCGGCCACCGCACGGUGACGCCCACCGAGACGUACUGAGCCUGCUGGACAGCGUGUCGGGUGCCAGCGGCCGCGUUGAUCACGGGCUCCUGUGA